AUGCGCCGCGCGCCGGAGAUCGUGGAGUUCUACCAGACCCUGACGAGGCGCGGCGAGGCCAGGCAGGCGGGCUCCCGUGGGCCCAAGGCGGCGUCCGGCGGGUCAACGGCUCCGAAGGGCGACCUGAUCGGAGAGAUCACCAAGAACUCCCCCCAUCUCCUCGCCGUCCAAUCCGACGUGGAGACCCAAGGAGACUUCGUGCGAAGCUUGGUCUCCGAAGUCCGGGAUGCGACCUUCGCGACCAUCGAAGACGUCGUUGCGUUCGUGGCGUGGCUCGACGAAGAGCUCUCCUUCCUGGUGGAUGAACAAGCUGUUCUAAAGCACUUCGACUGGCCAGAGAGAAGAGCAGACGCAUUGCGAGACGCCGCGGCUAAGCACGAGUGGCUGAUACAGCUAGACAAGCAGAUUUCAUCCUUCGUCGACGACCGCUCACUCCAUCGCGACGCGGCGCUCGGCAAGAUGUACUCCCUCUUCGAGAAAACAGAGACGAGCGUGUUCAAGUUCGUGGUUGAUCGCGAUACCACCGACAAAAAGACCAAUCUUAUAGCGCGCUACAAAGAGCAAAAUAUCCCUGUUGGCUGGAUGUCGGACACAGGUUUAAUUGCCAAGGUCAAGCUGGCGUGCGUGAACCUAGCAAGGCAGUACAUGAUGCGGGUGAUCUUGGAGAUUGAUGGUUUAUCAGGCACCAACAAGAAUGGGACCAAGGAAACCGCGCUCUUCAAGAGCCUGAAAGAGCAAAACAGACAAGUGUUGCUCCAUCAGGGUGUCAGGUUCGCGUUCCGGGUUCAUCAGUAUGAUGGGCAGAAGACUGUUUAA